AAGAGCAUACUUCCUGCGGACACUUUUUUGGCUGAGUGGCCCAUCUUGUUAUUCACUAUCUUUGCUGCCACACACAAGUGCUAUGAAAACAUCUCCAGGCCAAACUCGGAACUCGGAUUAAAAAGUUUGCCCCCUCCCUCAGUCUCAGUCAGUAUAAAGUCACUGGCCUGGAUGGAAUAGUCCGAAUAGCUGUAUUGACAGUAGUGUUGGCCUAUUGUAUUGGUGAGGAGGUACCAGUAGUAUGCACAAGGGGAUUUGACUGAACAUUGUGAGCAGCAAACACAAUGGCAGCUCUCCCACCUCCAGGUGCAGACUCUGACGAUGAUUAUGAUGUCAGUUGUAGAGCCAUUGCCAGGCAGGAAAAGAUAGCCUACCGGCGUAACCUUGCCUCAUUCUGGAUCUUUGGACUGUGUAAUAACUUUGCUUAUGUCGUGAUGCUGAGUGCUGCACAUGAUAUUUUAGAUGAAGAAGAGAAGUCGCCUCCCAAUUCAACCUUCAACUUCACCGGUACUACUACUACAGAAGCUCCUGUGACAACUACCACUGGCUCUGAAAAUGCAACUUACUUAGAAUGUAAUCCGGUUAGCACAGGUGCAAUUCUGCUUGCAGAUGUUUUGCCAACCCUUUUUCUGAAGCUGACAUUUCCGCUUUUCUUGCAGAAAAUUCCUUACAGUAUAAAAAUAAGUUUGGUUUCUGCCUUUGCCUUAGGGAGUUUUGUUCUUGUGGCCAUGGCUCAUGAGAUUUGGUUGAGCAUCCUGGGUGUGGUGUGUGCAAGCGUGAGCUGUGGACUUGGUGAGAUCACAUUCUUGAGUCUGACCACGUUUUACCACAAAAAUGUUGUGUCCAUGUGGUCAUCUGGUACAGGUGGGGCUGGCGUCUUUGGUGCUCUGGUCUAUGCAGGAUUUACCACUGCAGGCAUGUCCCCGAGAACAUCACUUCUCAUAAUGGUCACUAUUCCAGUCCUCAUGAUGGUCACCUACAUUUUCCUUCUAACAAAACCUGUCGUGAACGAAAAGAAAGCAGAGGACUCUGAUUUAACAAAAUUACUUUUGGCUGAUAUGAAAGACAAACAGAUUGAACUGACUCUAAGACAAAAGUUAGUCCUGAUUCCCUCCCUGUUCAAGUAUAUGAUUCCACUCACACUAGUUUACUUUGCCGAGUAUUUCAUCAACCAGGGUCUUCACGAGUUGCUGUAUUACAACGGAGAAUGGCUGUCGAAGAGCGAGCAGUACAGGUGGUUUCAAGUGGAUUACCAGAUUGGUGUUUUCAUUUCAAGGUCUUCUGUGAAUAUUGUUCACAUCAGGAAGUUGUGGUUUUUGCCGGUUUUGCAGUUUGCAAAUCUUGCCCUUUUGCUGUGUCAGGUGUUUUAUAGAUUUAUUCCCAGUAUAUGGAUUAUUUUCGUGAUAAUCCUAUGGGAAGGACUCCUAGGUGGGGCAGCAUAUGUCAAUACAUUCUUUGCAAUGACUAAUGAGCUUCCGCCUGAACACAAAGAGUUCUGUAUAGGGGUCGCCAGUGUUGGAGAUUCACUCGGCGUUGCAGCUGCUGGUGCAGUGGCCAUUCCCAGUCACAGGGCAAUUUGUGACUUGAAGCUGAAGAUGUGAUCAUAGAGUUAUUACUUUAUGGUGUUGUGCCAUGAUGGAUAAUAAUGCAAUAUAAUGUCAUUUGUACGGUAGUCGGAUUUUAUUUUGGUUUGUAACAAAUACAGGUGACAAGUUUGGCACUUGCAUGUGUGCAAAGCUUUUACUAUGGAUGGAGAUGUGGCUCUUUGGGUAGAAAACUUAUUAUAUUUAAACUAGUACUUGGGUGACAUCUAUUUUAAGUGAUGGAGAGUAAGAACAAAAAGAAGACAGUGCUGGAUUUAGAAAAUUUUGAAAUGUUUAUGUGUGUAUGUUACAUAUGUGAUGAGAAGUGUCCCAAGAGGGAGACCUACUUUUGGUUUCUUUACUUCGCCAGACCUUUUCACAGUAGGUAGACCAAUUGAUGAGUGUGAUAAAUGUAGGCAAACAACACACAAAUGAGGCCUCUCCCUGGCCCACAAUCGACAUAUUAUGUGCGUUUUCAUAUCUCUUCCUUCUGUUUCACUAUUUUGAAGUACCUACGACUUGAUGAUUUUCAUUACUCGAGGGUUGGUGAUGAAGAUUUAGUUGACAUAACCCUUGAAAUUUUUUCAGGUUAGAAAUGGGACCAUUUCAGUUUAUCGAUAGUUUUCUUACAAAGACAAAAAAAAUCUGGGAUUUUCUUUUCCUUGGGUUUUAAUACUUUUAUCUUGGAUUUCAGAUUAACGAUGUACGGUUUUUAAGUGAACUCCAUUGUAGUUUUUUAAAUGUAGAGAGACAGAGAGACAGAGAGAACUGUUGGAGAAGAACACAAUUGAAUAUUUACAAAUCAAGUAGUCUUAUUUCAUACUCUCGAUUUUUUAUUUAUUUUUGGGGAACAGUGUGAUGAAUCAUUCAAUGACGACAAUGUGGAAAUUGCUUGUAAUAUGUAUAUAUAUAUAUUUGUCAUAAACAUUACGAAGAAGAGAGUUCAUUAGAGGUUGUUUUCAGUCUAGACUCUUUCCAUCAAUGAUGUCUCACAUCUUUAUUCUCCUGUGUUGACCAAAAAUUUCCAGUUAUGUCCUGGAUACUUGUUGCACAUCCGUACAUUUUGCCUUUAAAAUACAUCCGGCCUUCACAUUUUAAAACCUGCUAUAAUUAUGUGUCAGAAAAUUCUAUAAAUGAACUAACCAGCAUCGAUGAAGAUACUGUGUAAAUAAAAUCGUUUUGUCCUGGGUGAGGAAAAGAUCUGAGAUUACUACUUUUUUGUACCAUUUCCUCUUGACGAAUGGUCGAUGACUCAGGUCGUUCUUACAGCAUGUUCAAGUUUAAGAGUGGUGGACUUUUAAAAAAUCAGAACAUACUGAUUCUUUAUGAGAUAAUAAGCUUUUAGUUUCAAACCAUACAAGACAUAGUAAGCGUAAUUGUUGUUGAGAUAAAAAAUGACCGAAGCUUGCUUACACUAACUUGGAAAAUGGAUGAUAGAAAUAAAAUGAUAAUGAUACAG